AUGGCUCCCGACCGCAUAACCAAUGCCAUCGACAGCUUGAUAACCCACCUCGUGCCCAGCAACCCCAACGACAAUGAAGAAGUCGCCCAGGAGCGCCAUGAUACUUGCUUUGAAAUUGUCAAAUCCAUCAUAGACAGCCCAUCCUCCCCCGCUAUCUCUUCCGACGUCAACCAUGCCUCCGACCUCAUAAAGCGAAAGCUCAUCCAGAGCAAUCCCACCCAAGCCCUCCGAUUCUCGAACCUCUACACUCGUCUGCUCUCUCUACCUGUGCUCGAGCACAAGUGGGCUAUCCUCUACUUGCUCUACCAACUGGCUGAUUCUCCAGACCCCAGCGAGCCCCUCCCGCUGAGCCCUGUGAAGCCGUCGGCGCCCAACUACCGAGACGCCAUAAACCGCGAUGCUAUAAAACGUCAGGGCCGGGAGCGUGCCACCAAGACAUCUAGACAAGAAGAGGAGCAGUUCAAAGAGGCCUUUCAGCCAGAAGGGCUCAAGAAGCUUCCACCAAAAGAGCCCAAAAAGUCGGGCAAAGAUGGGGACCCACGGCCUGAAGCGCCCAAGAGAGACGUCUCUCUCAAGUCAACGUUGCUAGCGAGCAACUAUUCAGAGAUCGAACCUCCGGAAUCAGUCAUCCUCAGAGACCUUCCCUUUACACUCCAAGGCCUAUCUUCCACGACAUUACCGUUUCCCAAAUCAGACACCAUAAGGUUACCUCCAACUCUACCUCUACCAAUCGUCUCUCUACUCCACACUUUGGCGGAGCCCUCGCUACUAUAUCGCGGCCUCGAUGGCUUCUGCAAGACUCCUGCCAAGGGACUUCUUGGUCAGAGCUUGAGAGCGGCCAUUGGCAGUGAGCUCAAGUCAUAUCUUAGCUUGAUUGCUACGCUAGAAGGGCAGAUUCGAAGAGCUUUAGCCUCUUUGGAUGAGGAAGCGCCACGGGCAGGCAUCGGGAAAGCCGGCGUGACACUGAAAAGAUGCGUGGUCUGGACUCGCGAGGCAACCAUGGGGCUCAGGUUGAUGAGUCUCAUCGCUGAAGAAUCUGAAAAGAAGAAGGGAGGCCAGCUCGUCUCGCUUAUCCACAGCUUCUCAUCGUCUCAUGGUGACCCUGUCGUGGCUGCCUUCGCAGAGCGUCUCCUGGGGAGCUUCACGCGACCGUUUUACGACAUCCUGCGCCAUUGGAUAUACGACGGUGAACUAUCAGAUCCAUAUCAAGAAUUCUUUGUCAGGGAACAGGCUGCCAACAAGGACCCUUCAAAGGCCAAGGGGGCGGGCAACGUCUGGGAGGACAAGUACGAGAUCGCAACAGACAUGAUUCCGAGCAUCAUCACCCAGGAUUUCGCCCAAAAGGUGUUUCUGAUCGGCAAGUCGCUCAACUUUAUCCGACACAGCUGCGGUGAUGCAAUGUGGGUUGAAGACUACUCCAAGGCAGCCUCCAAGGAGCUCCGGUAUGGUGACACGGCCACGCUAGAGGCUUGGAUCGACGAGGCCUACAAGACAACCAUGAAACGACUCAUUGACUUGAUGGCCAACAAGUUCCAUCUGUUUGAGCAUCUGCAGGCGUUGAAGAACUACAUUCUCCUGGGCCAGGGAGACUUCAUUGCCCUCCUGAUGGAGUCGUUGGCUGCCAACCUGGAUCGUCCUGCUGGAGCACAGUACAGACAUACGUUGACGGCGCAGUUGGAGCACGCCAUUCGAGGCUCAAAUGCUCAGUACGAUUCGCCCGAGGUGCUACGGCGUCUGGAUGCACGAAUGCUCCAGCUGUCACACGGUGAUAUCGGAUGGGAUUGCUUCACACUCGAGUACAAGAUCGAUGCCCCUGUUGAUGUUGUUGUGACUGAAUGGGGCAACCGGCAGUAUCUCAAAGUCUUCAACUUUCUCUGGCGCAUCAAGCGUGUGGAGUUUGCCCUGCUGUCAACCUGGCGCAAGUGCAUGACAGGUUCCCGUGGCGUGCUCCAGAACUCAGACCCUGCUGUCGCUCAGGCGUGGAAGUCGACACGUGGAGUUCUCGCCGAGAUGAUUCACUUUGUUGGUCAGCUACAGUACUACAUCCUAUUUGAGGUUAUUGAAUCCUCGUGGGGCGAACUGCAGAAGCGCAUCCAGAAGGAGGACUGCACUCUGGACGACCUUAUAAAGGCGCAUACACGCUAUCUCAACGACAUCACGCAUAAGGGUCUACUUGGCGCCAAGCGACGAACGCACAGCGCGGAUGAGGAUGACCGCACAACCUACAUGAUGCAGCUCGGAGAGAUCCUUCGGUUCAUGCUCAGCUACCGAGACUCAGUCGACGGGCUCUACAGUUGGAGUGUGUCGGACUUUACCCGGCGACAGGAGGCCGAUGUGAGGAGCACCACGCGGUUCAACGACGAGCACGACGACACUCCAACAGCAGGCUCGGGGGCUGUAACGUCCGAGUUUCCUGUCCUGCAGGAGCGGCUGCGGCAUCUGGGCGUAUCAUUCAGGACCCGCCUGCAGAUCCUCCUCGGCGAUCUCGCGUACCAGCCAGACGUGGACAUGCGGUUCCUGGGUGUUGCCAUGAACUUCAACGACGUGUACCAGCCUACGAGGAGGAAGACCAAGGUUGCGGGUUCCUCGACGGCGACGCGCAGUGCAUCGGCAUCGAGGGGUUGA